AUGUUGAAAUCACUCCUGUCCUUUGGUCGCGAACCAAAAUAUCUGUUUCCCAAAGUAGAUCCCGCGGAAGAUGGCCCCGACUGCCUCAAAGAUUGCGCAGAUUGCACUAUCCAGUACCCCUCGAAAGUUAAAGUUGAAACCUCGAGACCUCUUUACGGCCAGAUCAAGGAAAUACAAGCCCAUGUUCUCGUCGCUACCGGUCGCUCUGACUGGAAAGAAAAACCCGAUCAGGAACAUGGAUCCCUAAUGGAAGCAUUCGACCAGUCCUCUGCAAAGUCCAAACUUGGCCGCAUCAUGGUCUCAGCCUCCAAUCUCCAAACACCAGAUCACUCCGGAGAGCAAGACCCAACCAAGCCAACCACAGUACUCAUUCUGCCAUCAUUUACCUAUGUGGACUCUGUUUCCCAAGCAGACGUCCCCGACCUAGUCAACCGGUUCAUCGAUAAUCUUAACGAUGAAAAAAACGGAUCAAGCGCCAUUUCAGGAUCUGGAAUGACCGCACGCCCCUGUGAACUAGACUACGUGAUCCUACUAUGUUCGCACCGCCGACGAGACGCCCGCUGUGGAAUCACGGCACCGCUGAUCAAGCGUGAAUUGGAGCGCCACCUCCGUCCUCUCGGCUUGGACCGUGAUACUGACGAUUCCCGACCCGGUGGUGCAGGGAUCUUCUUUGUUUCGCAUGUUGGAGGCCACAAGUUCUCGGCUAAUGUGCUUGUCUACCGGAAGAAGGAUCAGCAAAUGAUCUGGUUGGCGCGGGUACGACCUGAGCAUUGUGAGGGUCUUGUGAAAUACACCUUACUUCAGGGUAAGGUGGUUCACCCUGAGUCCCAGCUGCGAGGUGGAUUUGAUCGUGCGCGGGGGUUGACGAGCUGGUGA